UGUCUCCGGUUACUCCCGGGUUGAACAAACAAGAGACCCCUCCCCAGCACCCCAGCUCGUCCUUGCUUUGCUUGGAUCAUGACAUCAGCCUUUGAGAGAGAGAUAAAAAGUGUGAUCCAGGAGGUGGGCGACAGCAGAGGAGAUCUCAUCCUAGUGGACUGCCUUCGGGAUUCAACCAGCUUCAAGCCCUACAGCCUCCUGAGCAGGAGACUCUCAAGCUCAUGUUUCUGGAAACCCCGUUAUACAUUUCUCAACAUGUCAAUCAAGGACAUCCUGGAACCCAGUGCUCCAGAACCAGAACUGGAGUGUAUUGGCCACUUCCAAGUCUCUGAUGUCGUCGAUUGGAACAUUCAGGGCAGUGUGGUGAUGUCAGGCAUGGGAGAAGGGAGAAUUUCUGGUGAGGCUGCAGUGUCUGACAGUGCCAGGGUCCCCAUGAGUGUGUGUAUGCUGCUUGUGAAUCUGCAGACCUGGAUGAUGAUGCAGCGUGAAAGGCACCUGCAGCAGCCUGAGAAUACAAUCCUGCAACAGCUUCGGAGGCGUGGGGAUGAUGUGUUUGUCAUCACCAAGGUGCUGCAGACAAAGGAGGAGGUGAAGGUCACCCAGACCCACAGUCAGGAGGGCUCAGGCCAGUUUACAGUGCCUGGAGCCUCAUGCUUCAAGGGUGAAGACAAGGGCCACCAAAGCCAGAAGAAGAUGGUGACCCUUCCUCCAGGCAGCAUCCUUGCAUUCCAAAUGGACAAACUUGUCAUUGGCUUUACAUGGGGUACCCUUCUCCUCCCGAAUGAGAAACAGAGGACCUUUGAGCCCUACUCAGGCCACAGAAGAGGAGUGGACCGGGAGCGCCAUUGCUUUAAUCUGCUGACUGCACUACACUCCAUUGAUGGAAUCCCUGAGGAAGAAGAAUUCAGGGAAGACUUCCAAGGCCUGUGUGCAGAGGUGAAGGCUGGCUCCUUAGAACUUGGGAGAUUAAAAAUGGAGUUGAAACAACAGCUACUAGUGGACAUCGGGAGGAUUUUACAGGACCAGCCCGGCCUGGAAGCCUUAGAGGCCUCAGUGGAGCACAUCUUGGAACAGAACUCGCCAUGGCAGGGACAGAGGUCUUUGUCCCUGCCCUCCAGGCUCCUUGGGGACAGCUGGGAUGAGGAGGCUCCCACCUGGGUCUUGCUAGAAGAAUGUGGCCUAAGGCUGCAGGUGGAACCCCCCCAGGGGUUCCUGUUCAGAUGUGGCUACUUCCUGCUGAAGAGGAAUGGCAUGAGAGCUGCUAUCGUGGGGACUGGUGACCGCGUGGACGGCGCCCACAAAUCUGGAUACCAGGGCUGGCUCAACGAGGUUCAAGGCAGCUCCAUCGGCCUGUAG